AUGCGAAAUGUGUUGAGCAAAAUUGCUUCAUUGUUUGACCCACUGGGAUUUAUAUCGCCAAUUGUGAUAAGGGCAAAAAUAACUAUGCAGGACAUUUGGGCAAGUGGACUAUCUUUGGAUGAACCAUUAAGUAAUGAAAUUGAAAAUAAAGUGAAAUAUUGGCUUGCAGAUUUGGAUGAACUUAGUAAAAUUAAAGUUGAAAGGUGUUUGCAACCCAUAAACGACGGAAGAGUGGCACUUCAUGUUUUUGUUGAUACGUCGGAAGAUGCAUAUGCGGCAGUAGUAUAUCUGUGUUGUAAAAAAGAUGAUACGUGUACCAUUAGAUUAGUAGCUUCAAAAACCAAGGUUGCACCCUUAAAAACAAUGAGUAUUCCAAGAUUGGAGUUAAUGGCAACUGUGCUGGGAUUAAAACUCGUGAAGUCAAUCGCAAAUUUUUUGGACUAUGAUUUGAAAAAUGCAAUUUUUUGGAGCGAUAGUAUGACUGCAAUAUGUUGGAUUAGAGGGCGAAGCCGCGCUUUUAAAACAUUUGUAGCGAAUAGAGUGGGAUAUAUUCAAGAGCAUACAAACCCAAAUCAAUGGCGUCAUGUGCCAACUAAACUCAAUCCCACAGAUGUAGCAUCGAGAGGUACAGUGUGCAAAGCCUAG